AUGUCAAGAAUUUCAGGUGAUUGGUGUCAACUGCUUAUCAAUAAAGUUAUAUUCAUAACUGGUGGUGUUGGACAUCUUGCAAAAGCUAUAGUGAAGACAUGUUAUGCUUAUGGAGCUUGUUUUGUUUUAGGUGAUUUAGAUCCGGAAAAAACAAAUAAACUCAAAGAUGAAAUAGUUAAUAACAAGAAUAAGGCAGAUAAUCGAAUACUUGUUGUAAAACUUGACGUGACCAAUGAAACAAGUAUCCAACAAGCUGUUCAAACAACACUAGACAAAUGGACAACAGCCCAUGUUCUUCUCAAUUCUUGGUCUCAUGUAUUUGACGUUAAUGUAUGUGCUUAUGCUGUGAUGGCUAAACAUAUUGCACCUAUAUUUGAAAAACAAGAUAGUGGAUCAACUAUGAAUAUAGCCAGUAGUUUAGGUUUAAUUGCUAUUCCCAAUGCUGUUCCAGAUUCAGCAACAAAGUGUGCUAUUAUUCAAUUAACACGAAAUCUUGCUCUUGAUUUAGGCUCAUUUAAUAUUCACGUCAAUACUAUUAGUUCAGACUCUAUUGAUUCACCUGGACGUGAUGAAUUUGCUAAAAUAAACAAUAUGACAAUAGAACAAAUGAAUGAUAUGUGUUUUCAAGGAAGUUGCUUGAAGCGUAUCGGCCAACCACAAGAUAUUGCUAAUUUAAUCGUUUUUAUAAUAUCUGAUCUGUGUCAAGUUAUGACUGAUUGUAAUUUAGUUGUUGAUGAUGGUAAUUUAAUUAUAUAA